ACUUUAGCGUCUAAACCGUUCCAAUUGUAUUGAAACUGUUGCCAUACAUUUACCUAAUGGGAUGGUUUUCUUUAACUAUUGCAAUAGUUUUUAUAUGGCAACGGUUUUGUUUCUAUUGCAACGGUUUUAAAUUCCCUCCCAAAUUUUUCUUAUUUUCACUGUAGACCUGCCAAAAACAGAGACCACAUUAUUUUUCUUUUUACCCAAAAAUCGUAAAAUCUGUAUUGAGGCCAAUUUAGUUUUCCUUUAACCCUCCAAAUUAAACACUGAACUCUCUCUCUCCUAAAUUCAUCACCCACUUCACUCUAUCUCUCUCUACUAAAUUCUACUUCACUUUGCACCCUAAUUAUCAAUACUCUACUGAAUCUCGUCGUCGCUGUACUCAAUUCCAGCUCCAAGCAUUCUCAACUCUCAAACGCCUCAAUUCGUUGCUCGUCGAAAGGAUUGUAAUGGAUAAUGGAGAUAAAAGUUGGAUGAAUAACCUAAGAUGGAUGGCUGAGUAUAUGCGCAGAGUGAAUAAUUUUCUUGAUAAGGCAUUUGAACGAGCUUCUCAAGGAAAUGAGAUAUUAUUCCCUUGCAAAAAAUACACGAAUCACUAUUGGCAUUAUAGAAAUGUGGUGGAGGAUCACUUGGUUGUUCAUAGAUUUGUUGAUAGUUACACUAAAUGGGUUUUCCAUGGAGAAGGGGUUUCCUCAAGAAAUACACCUCAUCCAACCAAUGAUGAUGAAAGUUCUGACCUGCGUGACGUUAUUGAUGGACUACUUCAUGAUACAUUUAGAAAUGUAGAGGGUGAGUCAAGGCAUGAAGAAGGAGUCCGAGAGGGUUUAUCUGAAGAUGCAAAGACAUUCUUUAAAUUAUUGGAGGAAGGGAAAUAAGAGUUAUACCCGGCGUGUGAAAAAUUCACUAAAUUGAGUUUCACCAUUCGGCUGUAUUUGUUUAAAUCCUUGCAUGGGUUGAGUAAUGUAGCAUUUUAAGACCUGUUAGUGUUGAUAAAAGAGGCUUUUCCCUUUGCUCAUCUACUAGAGUCUUUCAAUAAUGCUCGAAAGAUGAUAAAAGAUUUGGGACUUCAUUAUGAAAAAAUACAUGCAUGCCCUAAUGAUUGCAUGUUAUUCUGGAAGGACAAUGAGAAAGCAGAUAAUUGCUCUGUCUGUGGGUCUUCUAGAUGGAAGAGUGUUUGUGUUGCCUCAACUAAUGCAAGCUCUAAAAUUCCUGCAAAGGUCUUCAGGUACUUUCCUGUGUUCAGAAAUAGCUGUUGCAAUGAGAUGGCAUGCUAAUGAACGACCCAAUGAUGGGAAUUUAAGGCAUCCUGCUGAUAGGGAAUCAUGGAAGGAUUUUGAUCAUUUGCACACAGACUUCUCCAGAGAUCCUCGUAAUGUUAGGUUGGGUCUCUCCAGUGAUGGUUUCAACCCAUUCCGAACCAUGAGUAUUUCUCAUAGCAUGUGGCCUGUUAUGUUGAUGAACUAUAAUUUAUCAUCGUGGAUUUGCAUGAAGCUGGAGUAUAUUAUGUUGUCAAUGAUCAUUCCAGGUCCAUCAUCUCCAGGAAAUGAUAUAGAUGUGUACCUAUAACCACUAAUUGCAGAAUUGAAGGAACUACGGGAACCUGGAAAAGAAACAUAUGAUGCUGAAACCAAACAAACGUUCCAAAUGCGUGCAGCCUUAUUGUGGACAAUUAGCGAUUUUCUAGCAUUAACAAUGCUUUCAAGAUGGAGCACCAAGGGGAAAUUGGCAUGCCCCACUUGUAAUUAUGACACAUGCUCUCAAUAUCUCAAACAUAGUCGUAAGAUGUGUUACUUGGGUCAUAGGAGAUUUUUGCCUGCUGAUCAUCCAUUGCAAAAAGAUAAGAGGUCAUUUGAUGGUAAGGAGGAGCAUAGACCUACACCUACUCCUUUGUCGGGUACAGAAGUUCUUGAACAGCUUCGUAAGUUCAACAAUGACUUUGGAAAGGGGAAAAGGAAAAGGACUCGGAAUAAUAAGGGUCCGUGGAAAAAAAUAUCUUUUUUUUUUUUUUGAAUUGUCACAUUGGGCACAUAACAAAUUGAGACACAAUCUUGAUGUGAUUCAUAUAGAAAAGAAUAUAUGUAACAGUUUGCUUGGGACUUUAUUGGAGAUAGAUGGAAAGUCAAAGGAUCAUGUAUAUUCUCGCUAUGUCUUUCAAGAAAUGGGGAUACGAAAGGAGCUACAACCAAUAGAAGAUAAUGAUGGAAGUGUAAGUUUGGCUCAAUCUUGUUUCUACAUGAAACCAGAACAAAAAAGGUUGUUUUGUACUGUCUUGAAAAAUGCCAGAUUACCAAAAGGGUUUGCUUCAAAUAUAUCACAUCGUGUGCAAGUGAAGGAGAUGAAAAUAUUAGGGGUACAAGUGUCAUGAUGCUUAUUUUAUAAUGCAUUACCUGCUCCAGGUUGCCGUUAGAAAAGUGCUGCCCAAGAAUGUUUCGUUGGCCUUGAUUACGUUGGGAAAUUUCUUUAGAGCCAUAUGUAGUAAGGCACUUCCACUCACGAAAAGAAAAUGAGAGGUGGAACACAAAUGCUAAGUGUACAUGGACGGAAUGAGCGCAAAAUGAUCUUGCUAAAUGAGUUAGACCAACCCAUUGGUCCUACAAAAGCAAUUGUAAAAGAGUUGGGUAGCUUCCUCGGACCAUUGGCGAGGAAUGGGACCUUUUGUCCUCUAAAUGUACUUAAUUGGAAGAAAUUGAAGACACAUGAUGAUAUGUGGAAAUAUACCAAGGAGAAAUAUGACAUUCCUGAAGCUGCAAAAGAAUGGGCUUUGGAUGCAAUUGAAUCAGCUUGGAGAACUUAUGAGAGCCGGUUGAAGAAGAAACACUACUAUGCCUACGCCAAUGACGAACUUCGAAUGGCAAAAAGGCCUAAAAAUGUUUCAGAAUGUCAAUUUAAGGAUCUUCUUGAAUAUUGGAACUCCGAGACAGCUCAGGAAAUAUCCAGAAAAAAUACAGAGAAUCGGAAAAAGUUGAAGUACCCGCACACUGUUGGCAAAACAAGUUUUGCUAUAAUCCGCGAGAACAAAGAUACUUCGAUUCAGUUUCUCGAUGAGCCAGUUCUUAAGUGGAAGGAGUCACCGACUCUUCAGUUUGUUCCUCUGGUUAAUGAGUUUCCAGAAGUGUUUCUAGAUACUUAUGAGCAGAGUUUCCAGACGUUGAAGGAUAAGCUGACUUCAGCACCUGUUUUGACUCUCCCAGAGGGAGCAGAUGGCAAUGUGGUAUAUUGUGAUACUUCGGGCAUUGGAUUGGGUUUUGUGUUAAUGCAGCACGAUAAGGUUAUCGCUUAUGCUUCUAGACAACUGAAGAAGCACGAGAAGAAUUACCUAACCCAUGAUCUUAAGCUAGCGGCAGAUAACAGUGAGCUUACAGAAUUCCCCACUCAUGAGGAGAUCAAAAAUUGUUUAUUCACCAUGGAUCCUGAUAGCUCACCAAGACCUGAUGGUUUCACUGCUAAAUUUUGA